GCACCAUCACCUCCUGCCAACUUCUCUGUCUGCAGCCUCUGACCCUGCAGUCCAGGAAACGAGUCCCUAGAUGGUGGAGCUGCAGUGGAGCCCAGGCUUAACAAAGUGAAGGUUAAGGGGUGCCCUGGUUACAGUCUAGAAGGUGGAAGCAGGAAAUGUCACUAACACAGUCUACUUCCUUCUGCAUUAGGGGAAGAUCUGAUCCUGAACCUCAAACUUCUCAGUAUCUCUUUGGACAACGGAGAGCUGGCAAAGGCUGCGGUGUGGGAAGGUCGCCCUCUGACAACAAAAUGUCUCCGUCGACCCCUGUGUCUGGAUUGUCUCUUCCAUGGUUGGUGCUGCUGCUUCUCCUGGAGAUCCCUGGGGCCGGGGCCCAGGAGUUCCAGCUGCUGCAGCCCCAGGGCGCCGUGUCGGUGUCAGCGGGAGAGACUCUCACACUGAACUGCUCUGUGACUGGGCUCGGUCCACCGGGACCCGUGAAGUGGUUCAAGGGCUCGGGCAGUGGCCGCCAGCUCGUUUAUGACCAGAAGGGAUCAUUCCCCCGGGUGACGCGGGCUGUGAGUGGCUCUAGCACAGACUUCACCAUCCACAUCAGUGACACCCGCCCCGAGGACGCCGGGAUCUAUCGCUGUGUGAAGUUUGAGAAGGGGUCGGGAGCCGAUGAGGAGAUCAGAUCCGGCGCUGGCACCGUCGUGUCUGUGAGCGCCAGACCGUCGGCCCCGUCCAUGUCCGGCCCCCCCAGCAGGGCAGAGCCGGGCCCCCCAGUGACUUUCACCUGCACGUCAGGAGGAUUCGCCCCCAGAGACAUCGCUGUGACCUGGCUCAAAAAUGGGGCCAAACUCCCAGCCCCCCAGCCCCGGGUUCUCCCUGCACACGAGAGCGUCUCCUACAGCGUGUCCAGCACCGUGGGGGUGAACCUGACCGCAGGAGACGCCCGCUCCCAGCUCACCUGUCAGAUAGAGCACAGCACCUUACCGGCUCCCCUGCGUGCGACUUACAAACUCAGCGAUGCCCUGCGAGUUCCCCCCAGGCUGCGAGUGGGCACUGACCCAGCAGUGCCCGUCGCACCGAACGAGUCUGUGACGUUCACCUGCCACGCGGAGGGGUUUUACCCCAAGGACGUGAGUCUCACCUGGCUGGAGAACGGAAAUGAGACGAAUCUGGGAAAACCCUCCCCCCUGGCUGAGAAUCCAGACGGGACGUACACUCUCCAGAGCUCCCUGGAGGUCAACGCAACCGAGCAGAGGAGUCAGUCCAUGUUCACCUGUCGGGUUGUGCACGAUUCCCAGUCCCCCAUCAGUGCCAGCGCGACACUGAGACUCUCCCAGCCAUCUGCUGAGCCAGGUCAGAGUCUGUUCUCCAGCCCCGCUCUCUGGAUCGGGCUCUUCCUGGAGAAGGUGCUGACAGCCGCCUUCCUCCUCUUCCUCUUUCUGCGCGCCCCUGGUCUAUUUCCCUGUUUUCUCGCACUGUCGCCACCUGCCAACUUCUCUGUCUGCAGCCUCUGUCCCCCAGAGCAGGAAACGAGUCCCGAUGGUGGAGCUGCAGUGACCCCUGCUGGCCAAUCAGAUGGAGCCCAGGCUUGACAGAGCAAAGGUGAAGGGGUGACCUGGUUACAGUCUAUAAGUACCUACGUGACAUGGGGAACGAACAUUUCAUAAUGGGCUCGUCAGUCUGGCAGAUAAAGGUCUGACACACGAUCCAAUGGCUGGAAGUUGAAGCUAGACAAAUUCUGACUGGAAAUGAGGCCUAAAUUUUUAAUGGUGAGAGUAAUUAACCCCUGGAACAAUUUACCAAGAGUUGUGGUGGAUUCUCCAUCAU